UUUAACAAUUGGUUAGUGAGGGACAGUACACAGGUGUGCUAACUUUUAUAUCUGUAAUUUUUAAAUAACAUUUCAAAAUAGUUGUAUAUAUGAAAAGAUCUUUUUGAAACACAAGUCAAAUCAUGACACUCCUCUGCUCAAAACCCUCCUAUGGGUCCUGUUUCAUUCAGAGUUAAAACCAAAGUCCUCGUUAUGACUUCCAAAGACUAUAAUUUCUCAGAGGAGGCAUUAGAGGAAGAGAGUGUGAUUCUCACAUUGGUUCCAGUUAAUGAGGAACCUAAUGAAGAACAUCAAAUGGAACCAAGUGUUUCUUCAACUUCAGAAAUCAGCCUGAAGAUGCCUGGGUCAAGUGAUAAAGUUUGUCAUCCUCAAAUAAAUGAACAAUUCAAGUUUUGCCCAAAACAUAGUUGUUGUAAUACACCAAUCCUUCCCUUGCCAACCAGUUUGCCUCCAUUUAAUAAAGUACGUUGGGACACUUUGCGCAGCUGGUGCCAACAAUUGAAUUUGAGUACCGAUGGCCGGAAAAUAGAGGUUUAUCUGAGGCUCCAGAAACAUGCUUACCCUGGAAUAAACCAGAAUAUUCCUGAAACAUCACCGGAAGCUAAAUUGCAGUCAUGUUCAAGGAAAGGCAAGAUGCUGGCCGAGAAAGCAAGGCUUUGGAAAAGUUGUAAGAAGAGUGAGAGACAGGAAGGGAUUAAUACCGUCGAGGUGGUAACUUCAGCACAGGAAGGCAUGUUGGCAGCAUGGUCAAGAAUUGCUGCAAGAGCCGGUCAAUCCAAGUCUGUGAAUUCACGUUCCAUUCCUGCUUCUGUUGAGACCUUUCUGCUGCAAGCCUCUGGUGUCCGGUGGUGUGUGGUCCAUGGCAGACCUCUCUUGGCAGAUACACAAGGCUGGGUUCGCCUGCAGUUUCAUGCAGGUCAGGCCUGGGUGCCUGACACUCCCAAAAGGAUGAUCUCUCUCUUCCUGUUACCUGCCUGCACGUUCCCAUCCCCAGGCCUAGAAGACAAUAUGUUAUGUCCUGAAUGUGCUAAGAGAAAUAAGAAGAUGAUGAAAAGAUUAAUUGCACUGGGGAAGGAAAAGCGACCUCGUUUGAACAGACCAACAUUCCCUUUGGAUGGGCCGUAUCUUAAUAAGGAAUAAAUGGUGGCGAGCCC